ACAUUUCUUAGGAGAAAUCUGGGAUAUAGAGAGCGAUGUCUAAACCUGCCGGGCCCGGGCCAGACUCUGACACUGCGGACGAGGCAGUAAGAGGGACCUGUGACGAUGCCUCCAUAUGUAAGAGGUUUGCAGUCAGUGCCGGCUACUGGAAGGACCCAUACAUUCAGUACUUUGUCCGACAGGCGAAAGAACGCAAAGCACCAGAGAUCAACAGAGGGUACUAUGCGCGGGUGCAAGGGGUUCAUUUGUUGCUGAAGGCAUUCCUGAGGAAGACCGAGUGUAACUGUCAGAUCAUUAAUCUGGGUGCUGGACUAGACACAACCUUCUGGAGAUUAAAGGAUGAAAAUCUCCUUCCGAAAAAAUAUUUUGAAGUGGACUUUCCUGCCAUAGUGGCCAGAAAGCUGUACAAUAUAAAGUCUAAACCUCCACUAUCCAAGCCGAUAAUGGAAACCCAUUCUGGGGAGUCUUUAUUGCUGGAUGCCCACAGUUUGGAUUCGGCCAGAUACUCCAUAAUAGGGGCGGAUCUUAGAAACCCGAAAGAUAUGGAAGAGAAGCUGAAGAAGAUGAGCCUGGACCCACAGCUGCCAACGCUUCUUGUCACAGAGUGUGUACUGGUGUAUAUGACUCCCGAGCAGUCAGCAAGUCUCUUACAGUGGGCAACAAACACGUUUACCACAGCCAUGUUUAUUAACUAUGAACAGGUAAACAUGAUGGAUCGCUUCGGCCAAAUAAUGGUGGAGAACCUUCAGCGGAGGCAGUGUAAUCUCGCCGGGGUAGACGCUUGCCAGUCAUUAGAGUCACAGACCGAGCGAUUGCUGUCCACUGGCUGGGAGUCAGCAGAUGCCUGGAACAUGAUGAAAGUCUACAGCAACUUACCCCAAGAAGAUGUAAUGAGGAUUGAGAAGCUGGAGUUCUUAGAUGAGAAGGAGCUCUUGGAACAGUUGCUGCUACAUUACUGCAUCAGUUGGGCUACAAAAGAUUCUCUUGGUCUGGGUCUUGCUGGGAUCACUUUUUGAAUGCCUGCCGCAUCCCUGCAGGCGGAGCUACACAAUGUCCAGCCCAGGAGGAGCAUGAAGAAUCCACAGAGAAAGUUGCCUGUACCUGGAGGUACAAUAUCGGAACAGAUCAAAUGGGUGCCAAUGGUUACACUGGGUGACUGUUGCAUUUUAAAUAAAAAAAA